GUUGUUUCAGACAGCACCUGAAGGCAACAUACCCUCCGCCAAUCAAGAAGGUAACGUUAGUGAGAGACCUUCAUCCCAAGGAGAGGAUAGUAUUUUAAGGUGUUUAUCAAGCGUUUGCUUCUGUGUUCGUUACAACAUGCUCAACCCGCAAAGGUCUCUGUCCGAGCUGCCCAAGAUGUCCACUGCCAGUCAAGUGGAAAGAGCUGUGUUGGAGGAGGAAUUCAACUGGCUGCUUAAAGAAGAAGUGCACGCGGUCCUGAAGCAGCUCCAGGAUGUCCUCAAGGAGGCAUCGAGACGUUUCACCACGCCGACGCCGGGCCUGGACCCGCAGCUCAAACAGGAAAACUUCAUCCUCGGCAGCUCAACCAUGGAUCAAGUGAAGGGGGUGCUGACUCUGCAGGGAGAGGCUCUGACUCAGGCUGACAUAAACCUGAAGGUCGCAAAGAGCAGCCAAGUGUUACACUUUCAGUUCAGAGAGGACAAGCUGUGGAAGCUGCAGCAGAUUCAGGAUGCCAGGAACCAUGUGACCCAGGCCCUGCAGUUACUAAGCAGCCGUGAUGACAGCUACCACUUCAAGACGGGGGCUGAGGUUAAUAAGCUCAUGGAUGCAGUGAUGCUUCAGCUGACCAGAGCACGGAACCGCCUCACCACCCCGGCCUCCAUGACGCUGCCGGAGCUGGCCACCAGCGGUCUGAUGAAAAUGUUCUCUCCUCCCAUGCCUGGCGAUGUGAUGGUGAACUUUUACAUCAACUUGAGCAAACUGUGCCUGACCGUCUACCAGCUUCAUGUGCUGCCUCCCAACACCACUAAGAAUUUCAAGCCAGCUGGAAGCUCAGUGUUGCACAACCCAGGAGCAAUGUUCGAGCUCAACAACAACCGCUUUGAGGUGAGCCACGUCCACAAGGUGGAGUGUGUGGUGCCGUGGCUGAACGACACGCUGGUGUUCUUCACCAUCUCGCUGCAGCUCUGUCAGCAGCUCAAAGACAAGAUUUCUGUCUUCUCCAGCUUCUGGAAUUACAGAGCCUUCUAACGCCCCCCCUCCUGUCCAUUCUGCAGAGACUGGUCACACCCAAAGUUACCACACAAGUGUAAGGCACAUCCUGGGGAGCUUUAUUUAGUUUAAAUAUACAUAGAUAUAUCUAUAUCUAUAUCUCAUGCACUCAUUCAGUUUCAAGUUGCAUGAUUAAACCAACGGAUAUCAAUACGCCCAGUUGUGUUAGCCUGGCGUGUGUGCGUGUGUGUAUGUUGCACUUCUCAAUGAAAUGAAUGUUGCUGAUUGUUGUUAUUAGAAUUUAUUUUUUAAUUAUUUGUUCCAUUUUGGCAACUGAGUAUUUGUCUGGUUCUUAAUGUAUCUCACGUGAGAUGGUUGCUGUGUGGAACACUGAUCUGUGGACUCAGGGCUUAUUAUAAGUAAUAAGAGGUUGUAUUGGUCACGUUUUUUUUUUUUUUUUAUACUUUGAGUUCCCUCACAGCUGUUCUAGAGCAUUCCCUAACAAUAUAAUUCUACUUUUUUAAAAGGGCAUUUCACCAAUGUUGGAUUAUGGGAUGUUAGGAAAUAAAAUUUAACAUUUUUCAAUCUCUAUUUCACAGAUUGUGAGAUGGUGUAUUUUAAAAAAAGCGACCAAAACCUUUAAAAGAACGUUGGAAAAAAGCGACAAAACGUUAAAAGGCAACAAAAUUUCAGGAAAAGCAGCAAAAACUCAAAAAGCAACGUCAAGAAUUGUCC